GGAAUGCCGUGGAUUCGGUUCUGCGGAACAUAUAGAGACUUGUUCAUCAAUGUAGUUUGUCCAGGAAGGAUUCAAAACUAGUAGGAAAAUGUGAAGGCGCUUAGAAAAGAUGUUCUCGAGCAGAUCUAAAGAUUGACUUUGGCCUGGCUAGUUUUUUCGAUCCUGAUCAAACUCAGCCUUUGACAAGCCAUGUGGUUACUCUUUAGUACCAACCACCCAAACUUUUGCUCGGAGCAACUCACUGUGGUGCUGCAGUAGAUUUAUGGAGUACAGGUUGCAUGCUUGCUGAACUAUAUGCAGGAUGCCCGGAAGAACAGUGGUGGAACAGUUGCAAAAAAUCUUCAAGAAUGUGGCUCGCCUUCCGAUGACUACUGGAGCAAAUCAAAUUUGCCUCGUGCUACAAUUUUCAAGCCUCAACAACCAUAUCGACGUGUUGUGGCCGAAACAUUUAAGGAGUUUCCCGAGCCAGCUUUAGCCCUUGUCAAAACACUUCUUUCUGACAUUCCCGAUGAUCGUGGAACCGCUGCCUCUGCCCUCCAGAGUGAGUUCGUCGCAUCUAAACCCUUUCCAUGUGACCCUUCAAGCUUGACUAAAUAUCCUCCCUGCAAAGAGCUCGAUGCAAGAAUGCGAGAUGAUGAGGAAGCUAGAAGGCAAGGGGCAGCAGGAAACAAGGACCAUAAACACCAAGAAAGAAGAGGAAUGAAGGAAUCUCAAGUUCCACCUCUCGAUGCCAAUGCAGAAUUAGCCGUGUCAACGCAGCUCGGAUAUGGAUCGACAGGCCACGAGAUUCACUAUUCAGGGCCAUUUGUGGUUCCUUCAGGCAACAUGGAACAGAUAUGCUGAGAAGCUGUAAGAAGGGCUCGGGUCGAUAAGGCCAGAGUCAGAAAGCUUCAGGCAGAUGAAACUAUCCUCUGACCAAUCCCUACUCACCUCGGACCGGUAGAAUUGUGGUUAAAGAUAAAGGUCGAAGCGGAAACCGGGUCGGUUUCUGGGAAAUUUUCAGAGAAGGGCUUGCAUUCUGAUGCAUCGAUAUGCAUUUGUUGAUUUAAGAUGGUGAUGAUAAAGAGAGUAACCAUUUUCCUU